GUUGUAAAACUCUCUCCAGCACGCGCYGAGGAGUGAAGUGAGCGCAGCAGGGGUUCGAGACGGGGUCCUAAAAAUGGGCUGAUGUCAGGACAGAGACAGUAAUAAUGACGGGACAGAAAGACAACAUGGACAACCAGGUGUCCUUACUGUCGUCGCAGCUCCUUCUGAAGCACAGACCGGUGGAAGUUCGUCUUUCUCGCGCUUCUCUGACGUGGAAGGAAAUUGGGAAGAGCAAAAAGCGACUUUAUCCUGAAACAGCAAACAGCCAGRCAGUUCAGGUGUGUGACAUUGUUGCCGUCUGUAAGACAGAAGAUGAUGACACACUACAGAAACAGACGAAGCAGCUGGAUCUGUACGCUUUCACAGUUUCCUUCGUGAGGAAGACCCUCCAACACCAGUGGUGUUGCAGCGACGUCACCUUUCACUGUGCCAGCCAGGAGCUGUGUGAGCAGUGGGUCCGAGCCGCCAACGAGCAGCUGUCGUUACUCACCGGCCGACCGAAGAGCCUGCUGGUGUACAUCAAUCCGUGCGGGGGGAAGCAGCGAGGCGAGCGGAUUUACGAGCGGGAGGUGGCUCCGGUGUUCCGGCGGGCCGGCAUCUUUACGGACGUGAUUGUUACGGAGCGAGCCAAUCAUGCCAGAGACCACUUGAAAACAGAGGCCAAUCUAGACCAAUAUGACGGGGUGGUGUGUGUGGGUGGAGACGGCAUGUUCAGUGAGAUCAUGCAUGGGCUGGUUACCAGGACCCAAACUGACCACGGUGUAGACCAAAACCAGACAGAUGCUGCGCUAGUGCCGUGUUCUCUACGCAUUGGGAUCAUUCCUGCAGGUUCAACAGACUGUGUUUGCUUUACCACCGUGGGAAUAAACGAUCCAGUUACUUCAGCCUUACACAUCGUUGUGGGUGAUUCCCAGCCUUUGGACGUUUGUUCAGUUCACCAGAACGACGUUUUCCUCAGAUACUCCGUCUCUUUGCUUGGCUAUGGUUUUUAUGGAGACUUACAAGCAGACAGUGAAAGAAAGAGAUGGCUCGGUCCUGUCAGAUACGAUCUGUCAGGAGUAAAAACCUUCCUGCGUCACAACAUCUACAAAGGCAGCGUCUCUUUCCUCCCUGCAGAGAACAGCRUAGGACACCCGAGGGACAAACAGCCAUGUCGAUAUGGGUGCCGCGUCUGUCAGCACUCAAAGGACGAGCGCGACGAGACGUCAGGAGAGAAGGAAAAGCCUGUUGACGGAUGGAAGACGGUUCACGGUGAAUUUGUCGCCGUCAAUUCGGCCAGCAUGAGCUGCGCGUGUCCCCGGUGUCCCAAAGGCCUGUCGCCCUUUGCCCACCUGGCUGACGGCACCACAGACCUGAUCCUGGUCAGGAAGUGCUCCCGCCUGGACUUCUUCAAACACCUGCUGCGACACACCAACAAGCAGGACCAGUUCGACCACUCGUUUGUGGAGGUCCACCGGGUGAGAAAKUUCCGUUUCCAGCCUCGACACCGCGAGCUCUCGCCACCCGAGGACCACAGCGAGCGCCCAAAGACAACGGCCUUCAGCAGCUGGAGCUGUGACGGAGAAAUCCUGCAUCAGGCUGCCAUUCAAGUCAGCGUCCAGCACCAGCUGAUCCGCUUGUUUGCUCGUGGUAUUGAGGAGCAAUGAGGAGCAGCGAGGAACCAAGCAAGAAGACUUGAAAAGAUGGAAAAGAGCAAUUUUUCUAUAAAAGAAAAGAUAAACAUUUGAAUCCUAAAACUUGCCUCAUAGGGCUUAAAGUAGCAGUGAUAUCCUUCAGGCUGUUAGUGAGACUUUGGCUCUAUUUAAACCUAAAAUACUUUCUUUUCUGUUCACCUUUUGGGAAAUAAAGCAGAGCAUCUCAAAGAGAGCUGGACUCUCCCUGCCACAACUGCAGCAGGUUUCCAUACGGCUAUGAAGGACAUAAAUGACACCUUUUUUUUUUUUUUUUGUAGAGACGAUAAAGGAGAAAGCAGCUUUGUGGGAGGGAUAAAGAAAAAUGCUUUUAAAAAGAUAAACUUUGAAAACACACAAAGCUGAUCUUUCCUUUUUAGGAAGAAAAGAAAAGGGUUUGACAUGUGACCCAGGUGAAAGCAGAUAUGAGCCACAGGCGCUAAUAAAAAGAAGUGAAUAGCUGCUAAUACACUAACAGGACCCUGGUGGCUGCUGGCUGAUAAGGCGAAGCGGCUGCUAAGUGAUUUGGUGAGACUCUGCACCGCUGCGCUGCACCUGUGGCUCCCCCCACCUGAAACUGACAGGAUGUCGUGUUGUUAGAGACGAUCGGCAGYCCUCACCUGAAGUUAGCCUCCUUUAGUUCUUUGUAAGGUCGAAGGUCAAGCUGGGCUUGAUGUCACUGAAGCUGGAGUCAUGGAAAAAAGAAACUGUUCUGAAAUGUUUGUGAAUUAAAAUGAAAGUACGCUAAAAUGCA